AUGUUCCAGCUGCGCGACGUGCCGACUGUGAAGGUGGUGAUGCGUGGUGUUUGGAGCAGAGAUGACAACGCUGUGUGGCAUGGUAUUGCCCGCGAAGAUUUCCUGGAGCUGAGUGUGUACGAAGAGAGAGAAGCCCCACUCGGCAUCUAUGCGCAUGUGCUUGAUCUGUUUCGCCAGACGCGGCGCCGCGAUCAAGGUAUAGAGGAAGAGAGCUACCGUCUUCUGCCGCUCUCGGAUAUGGUCUGCUCCGCGAUGUUGCUGGAUAGUCGGCGGGACUCCGUUCCAGUCUUGCUUGUUACCGUUGAGUGA